AUGGCUUGUACUAACACCCAGGUGCGAGACACGCUCUUGGAGAUGCAGAAAGAUGGUAUGAGAUUUGACAAGGAUAACGAACGCACUAUAUGGCAUGCACUGUUCCUACGUGGCAUUUUCCAGAUGGCAAUUCCGGAGCAAUACUGGGUCAUUGAUCGCUAG